AUGGGGCUAUGCUUCAUUGGAAAAAAAAAACGUUUCGACGCCUUUAUUAGUCAAUAUAUCGAACCUGUAAUUGGUCCAGCGAAGGACAUCGAUACUGGCAAAGUUGUUUUUGAACACAAAGGUGUACAUCACUAUACAAUUGGUAAACGAGUUACAAUGGUACCUGACCAUUGUCAGAGUGCUGUCGGUUUAUUUGUUGCUGGCCUUGACGAUAAAACUCAAACUCUCUGGGUGUGUCAAGGAUCUCAUCAUCCAGCACUAUUUGCUCGCGAAUUUGUUGUUGAAGAACCCCUUUGGAUAUCUGAAUGUCCUAUAAGUGAUGCAGGCACUGCAAGAGCGGAAUUUCGUUGCCAAAGAACACACCCAGCACUUCUUUGUGAACUUAAUCGACUGGAAAAGGGACUUCUGAAAGUUAAACCAUAUAAUCCAAUUCGAGCUGCUGCACCGGGCCAGAUUUGUGCUUUUUAUAACGAUAGCGAAUGUCUCGGUGGCGGUGAAAUACAAUGUGUUGUAACAACGUUAGCUGAUGUAAAAACCUGA